UCCUGAAGAUGACAGAUUUCUUGAGCUGCUCUUCACCUCAGCCUCACGACAUUCAUCUUCCCUUUUCCUCUCAUCUUCUAACCAAUGAUGCUCAAAGAGACAUCACUUACAGUUGUGGGUCCUGUGGAUAUGAAUUGAACCUCAACUCUUGCAAUCGCAAUACCAGAGUCAUUGGAUCAAAAUAUGGGAAAACAAUGAGGAGAGGGGUUCUCUCAUUUCUAUGCAUUGACGAGAGCAGAUUUACUCAGAUAAGUAAACUCAGAUGCUCACCCUAUUUUAGAUCCAAAAACUCGUGGGGUUUAUUUCAACGACACACUAAACUCUUGUGUCGAAAAUGCACAAGUUAUAUUGGUGUUUCUUAUAAUAGUAAUAGCAGUGCAAGAGGUGCUGCGAGACAUAUUAAUGUCAAGACAGAUGCAGCAACACCUAAUUGGGAUGGGCUGUCAGCUUGUACAACUAAUUACGAAAUCAAGAUAUGUGCAUUAAGGCCAUCUGUGAAGGAAGUCAUCAUUCACCAGUAAACUAAGCAAAUGCUCAUCCUUGUUUGUGUCAUAAGACAAGAGUCAAUAUAUACAUGUGCCUGUCUGACUGUCUCUACUUGAAGAACUCACUGUGCAACCAUGAAAUCCAUAUAUAUCCUUAGUAGGAACACACUUGUUUAAGAAUCUGUUGUGAAGUCGCGGUGCCACCAGAAAGGAAUGCUUGUUUUUGUGACCAAUAUCAUAAGAAACGGACAACAGAGUCACUCUGCUCAAGUUUUACCGAGAUGGAUAAUACACCCUUCUUGUUCUUCCUUGUGUAUGAUGAUUUUUAAAGCUUUUACACGGUAGCUCAAAAUGUGUUUUACUAUAACCUUCAAGUUUCGUUGAAUUUAUUAACGCAAAAGUAAAAACAUAUAUAGAAGCAGGGGAGCAUACUCUAAGGUCUCAAUAUUUUCGGCAUAAGUUAUUCAGUUGAUCACUUGCUCUUUGUUUCUUAGAUCCCUUUCUGCGUAUAUUUGCAGUCACUUGAUGUAGACAGAAUUGACACGAUCCUGAGAAUAUCUUAUUAAUCUUCCUGCCAAAAAUCCUUUAAUUGGUGUCUUUCUCCGGGAAGCCAAGCCCAAUUGAUUUGGGUAGCUGCUACAAAAGAUCAAUUGCCAUCAGGGCUCUAGAGGCACUAGGACAAAAUGAAUCUUGUGGACCAAAUCUAGGAAUAAUACAUUUCCAAAUGGAUGGAGAAUUUGCAACUGUCCACUGCAAUGUAACUUGUUUAAAGAAUUAAGUAUCGUCCAGCACGACAUGAAUAUCAGGGAUGACCAUGAUGCCCAGAGCCCCGGACUGAGAUGAAAAUACUAGCUCAGGAGCAUAGCGACCUG